UUUUAUUUUUUUAAAAGCUGAACAUGAGAUAACAAACUAUUAUUGAUCCGUGAACCCAAAAAAAAUCCUUGGUGAUUGUGUUUUGGAUCCGAUUUUUGAGGGUCCUAUCCCCUGACCCAACGCAUUAUGUUUGUCUUUCUUUUUCUCCCAUCGUUCGUUUUUUCUCGGUUAUAUUUUAACGGAUAACAACUUUUUGUAACCCAAAUUAUUUUUUUGAACAAACCAAAAAAAACAUUUGAACAAAUCCUUUUUUCUUUCACAACUCCAUUCUAUACAUUGCUGGUCAUAUGCUUGAUCUUUGUACAUAAUUGGAUCUAUUACAAUUCAGCCAAGAAUUGAUAUCGAUCUCCAUGCAUUGCAUUAGCCAUGUGAUAUGAUAUAAAUUAAACUUAUAAUAAGAAAAAUGGGUACAUGUAUGUCAACACAUUCAAAAAGCAUUAGGCCAUGGAAGAGGAAAGGCCGUCGCAGAUUUUCCAAACACAUUUCUAAAGUCUCUGAUGUCAUCUCUCAUCCAAAGAUUAGACGGGCAAGUGAUGUCGGAAUCCAAGCCGCUUUCGAUGUUUAUCAAAAUGAUGCUUGGUAUGAUUCUUUAAGUAUGUUUUCGGACUCGGAUGAUGAAUUUAUCAGCCUACAUGAAGGUAAGUUUCAUACAUUUAUGAAAGUGUUUGGCUGUUUCUUUAUUUUAUCGUAUUGGGAUUUGGGAGCAUUACGAAGGACGGGAUCGCGUUCUUUAAAUAAUAACUUUCAAACCUUGGUUUAUCAAGUACUUAGCUCAAAUACUAUGAAAGUGUUCCAAUUAACUUAGUUCAUGAUAAUGUCUUCAGUUAAAAUUCUCCACGAUCCGCUUAACUAGGGGGUAUUGGGAAUUGAUAUAAUCUUAGUUUUGUUUACCAGCUGAUAAUAUUUGGUCAGAGAAUGGUGAAGUGGUUCAGUUUGAGGCUUCUUCGUGCAUUGUUGAUGAAAAAGGAAAUUAUGAAGAAUACCAUAAGAGUUAUUUGAAGAUUGAUAGCGGUUGUAAAACCGAAAAGUUUAUGAGCAUAGGUUCAUACAAAGAUCUUAAUGGUUUAUCGGGUGUCAUUGGAAACAACAAGAAGAAACUAUUGGAUCAUACUGUUGGAAGCUUCAAAAAUUCUCAAGAGAAAACAUUGAAACCUAGCUUGAGCCGGUUGAUACCAACGGUUAGUUUCAACGACAAGACUUUACACUCUCCCACAUCGCAGAAAAGAAAGUCUGCAGUUUACCGGCUUUCAUUCAAGAGGACAUCAUGCGAUGGUGAGGAAGUCGUCGAGCAUAGGUCGUCCAAGAGCUUCUUAUAUCGUCCAAAAGCAGGAUUCACGGUUCCUUGUUUAGCCAAAGAGAAACAACAAUCCUCAGGAACUUGGUGUGAGAUACCUCCUUCAAGUUUUAAACUACGUGGCGAAACAUAUUUCAAAGAUAAACGGAAGACACCAGCUCCAAACAAAUGUCCAUACACUCCUAUUGGUGUUGACCUGUUUGUGUGUCCAAAGAAGAUUGAUCAUAUAGCUCAAUACAUUGAGCUUCUGUUAUGGGUUGUAUUUAGAAAAGAAAGAGAAUCGUAUUGAUUGAAAUAGAUCGUAACAAACUAGAGAGUAUCUUAGGGUCUCUCUCUCCCUUUACAACUUUAUGAUCAAAUCUCUUGAUACCUCUCCAAUACAAUACUCGCUCAUAUAAAUAGAAAAGGUUCCUACGCAGCCAACACAUCACGUGGGAUGUUUAACAAGAUCUCCAGCUCACCCUCUUUAUUCCUUAUUCCUCAUAACCGCAUACUCAAGUGGCCCUCUGUGCCACGUCACAGCUCUCUGUUGUCGUCUUCUGCUGACUCCCUUUCUUCCUUCUCGUGUACUCAUAUAGUAAGGGAGGUCGUAACGCUUCAUAUCUAACAUUACUCCCCUCUGCAAAAUUGACCUUGUCCUCAAGGUCAAACUCUGGAAACUGACCCUGAAUCACUUUCCUCCAUUCCCAAGAGCUCU